AUGCUUGUAAAACCAUUGAGAUUACCAAUUCUUCACUUAUUAAGAUUACCAUCACUCUCAAGAGUAUAUUCGGUACCAUUAAAACAAAAUCCCAUUUUUAUAUCAACCAUUCUGCCAAUAAAAAGAUCAUUUUCGCAAUCUAGUCCUAAUUAUAACUUUAAGCCAAAUCACAUAGCAGACACAGAUAAUUUGAAGAAAAAAUUAAUAGCUCAAGGCGCUUUUAAUCAAGAACAAGCAGAAACAAUAAUAACCAUAAUUACCAACUCAUUAAAUGAGGGUGUUUCUGAAAUAACUUCAACAUUAUCUACAAGAGAAGAUCUUAUUAAGCUAGCUUAUAUGCAAAGAAUGGACUUUACAAAAUUGAGGGAUGAGCUUUUGUUAUUGGAUAAAAAUGAAUUUCAUAAGAUCAAUGCAGAACAAGAACGCUUAGGUCAUGAAUUGGAUAAGCUGGGUCGUAAGCUAAGAGAAGAGAUAACUAAAUGUAACGCAGGUUUUAAAUUAGAUUUAAGUUUAGAAAAGGGAAGAAUUAAGGAAGAAGCAAGUAUGCAUGAUCUACAAAUUAAGGAAGUUGAUACAAGAAUCGAUCAGGAAGUUACAAAUAUGAAAAUGCAAAUAGAUUCUGUAAAGGCACAAGUCAUGCAAUGGCUAAUCGGUGUUUGUACUGGUACUUUUGCAUUAGUCCUAGCAUAUAUUAGGUUACUAUCCUAG